UGGCCUCUGCUCUGCUCCCAUGGCUGACUCUCCCCUUAACCACUCCUGGCCUUCCUUCUCUAAGCUCUGGAUGAAGAGAUGGUCCUUCAAGAGAGCAUCCGAAUGCAAGCCAUGUAGCGAGUCCUGUGGGAAUCCUAGCACCCAGCUUAGUGCCCAGACUCCCAGUGGGAUCGGCUCUUCGUCUUCAUUACCUCCAGCCUCCAUCACAGAGGAUGUAUUCACUGAUAACACCAGCGAUGACCAGGAUGCAUCUUCAGUAGUCAGUGACUACGACUGUCCCUGUGUGGAAGCUGGCAGCAGCCUAGAGGACCUACAGGGCCUCAGUUCCUCCCUUAGAGACUCGGAAUAUUUCAAAGACCUGCAGGGAGAAUCAGCGGCUGUUGCAUCAUCAGAUGCCUCUAUAUUACCUGAGAACAACGCGCAGCAAACUGUUGACUCACAAUUCUCCGUAAACAUAAAUUCCCAGACCAAUGAGCAACUAGCAAACACACCCCUGGCCACAAACUUCCUACAGGUCAAUGCAACAUCAUUUCCUUCUUAUCAACAACUUGCAGAUGAACCUUCCUUUCAAAGCGGUGUUUCCCGGCUCUCUCCAAAGCAGAGUUUUACUGUCGACAGCAACGACUUCCCGGAUUCUGCACUUGGCCUGAAUUGGACACUUAAACUAAAUGGACUUCUAGGAUCCAUGGACACAGUGGAUGCAGUCACAGAGCUGGACACGAUAAAGGACACAGGCAAAAUGGAGCUGGAUGGAGAGCCAGACAUGGACAGCUUUCCCAUUUUGGUCAGAUCCAUGUCAACGUCUCGGAGGCACAGCUGGGGGGUCCCUCUGUCACCCCUCAGUUCUGCUAGGAGACUGAGUCUAGACACCGCAGCUAUAGACAGCGAUGAAGAGCGCGACGAUGAUGAAGAGCAACAGAGGAGUCUUUUCCAGUCCUGCCAGCAGCAGUCUGACAGCUUCUCAGCAGGGCCUGGAGAUGAGCCAGAUGGUUUCAGUCUGAGGGCCAUGGGUAGACCUAGCAGGCAGCUGUACUCUCGAUCGGAGAUCCUCGCCACUGAUGACUAUUCCCGAGCUGCACACAUCUCUCGUGUCAUCCAGACAUCCAAACAGGCCGCCAGGGCAGCAGGAGUGGCAGAGGAGUUUGACCCAGAGGAAAAUCUGCACUCUACAGAGGGACAAAGCCACAUAGCAAAGCACAGAAACAACGGCAAUCCAGAUGCCAAAGAUUCAGGAAGUGUCACCUGGUACGAGUUCCUCUCCAAGGAGAAUGAGGAAGAGGAGGACCGAGCAGAAAAGGUUGAGAAAGGAACAAAGGUGAAAAGGACUCUAAGCUCCCUGAGGAGCAGGGUGACGGGUUCCUUCAAUAAAGAUAAGGGUAAGCAUCGAGAAAAAGAGCAGCAGAGAGAGAGGGUGAAGGAGAGAGACAGGGAGGCCAAAGAGAAAGUGUGCAGGACCGGCAGCCACAGCAACAGCAACGGGCAUUAUUUAAUACCAGGCUCCUUCUCCAGUUCCGCCACCUGCUCGCUGUGCAGCAAGAGCCUGCAGAAAAAGCAUGGUCUGCAGUGCAUGAAUUGUGCUGUGAACGUUCACAAGAGCUGCAAAUCUUUGCUUGGCGAGUGCACCAGCAGCAAGAACAAGAGAGAUCCUCACUUGAGGGGCGGUGGUUCAGCAUCUCCUAACCUUGCACUGAAAGACAAGGAGAGGGAUCAGGCAGGCACAGCCGCAUCUCAGGCUGCAGAUGGCCAGCGAGGGUUUCCCGGCACCCCAGGCAUGACCGUUAGUUUUUUUGCACCCAGCAGUCAACCUUCAGCCAGCCUCAGCAGUAGCAGCGCUGCAGCUCCAGCCUCCAGCGUUGGUUCCAGCCUCCGUCACCACAGCAGCUCAGGAUCCCUUCCCGGGGACAUGGAUGAGGCAGAUGCUCUCCGCUCUAAACGCUGCAAUGACGACGCCAUUUCCCUCGCUCCCUCCAUCACAGAGUCCAUCAUCGUAGAAGAUUCUCACUAUGCAGCAGUGCGGGCUGACCUGGAGUCCGAUGCUCAGGACUUGGAGGCAGACUCCUGGAGUACAGCAGUCGAUCAGCAGUAUCUGAAGAAACAUACAAAGGACGUGGUGAAAAGGCAGGAUGUUAUAUACGAGCUAAUGCAGACCGAGAUGCACCAUGUGAGGACGCUAAAGAUAAUGCUGCGCGUCUAUGUCCGAGAGAUGAAGGAAAACCUCCAGAUGGACUCUGGCAGACUGGACUGUCUGUUCCCCCGCUUGGAAAACCUCCUGGACCUUCACACGCAUUUCCUGUCAUGUCUCAGAGAGCGGCGGAGGGAAAACCUUGUCUCACCCAGCGACAGGAACUACACUAUCAACAGAGUGGCAGACAUCUUAAUCACUCAGUUCUCAGGUGAAAUAGGAGAGAGGAUGAAGGACUGUUAUGGACAUUUCUGUAGCCACCACACUGAAGCUGUCAGCUUUUACAAGGAGCUGCUGCAAAACAAUAGAAGGUUUCAGAACCUCAUAAGGAAAAUCAGCAACUUAUCCAUCGUACGGAGGUUAGGAGUGACUGAAUGUAUUUUGCUGGUAACACAGAGGAUUACCAAGUAUCCAGUACUAGUGGAGCGCAUCCUCCACAACACGGAAGAGGGUACAGAGGAGCAUGAAGAUCUGACUCGAGCGGUGAGUCUGAUUAAAGACACCAUCAAAGAGGUGGACACACUGGUUAAUCUCCAUGAGAAGGAUUCCCGUCUCAGAGAAAUACACAACAAGAUGGAGCCAAAGGCACAGGGAAAGAUCAAAGAUGGCAGAGUGUUUCGCAGGGAGGACCUCGCUCAGGGCAGGAGGCGGCUGCUCCACGAGGGCACAGUGAGCUGGAAGGCUGCCUCUGGCAGACUCAAAGAUAUUCUGGCUGUCCUGCUGUCAGAUGUGUUGCUCCUACUUCAAGAGAAGGAUCAGAGAUAUGUAUUUUCCACAGUUGACAACAAGCCAUCAGUGAUUUCUCUCCAAAAGCUAAUAGUUAGAGAGGUGGCCCAUGAGGAGAAGGCCAUGUUUCUCAUCUGUGCUUCCUCAAGCGAGCCAGAGAUGUACGAGAUCCACACCACUUCUAAAGAGGAGCGAAACACUUGGAUGACGCACAUACGGCAAGCUGUAGAAAGUUGUCCUCAUUCUGAGGAGAGGCUGGUCAGUGAGGAAGAGGAGGCUCGUGCUUCUAGACUUAGAGAGUUUCAAGAGCGUCUGAGCCAGCGAGAUGCAGUGAUCACCCAGGCUCUCACAGAGAAGCUGCAGCUGUUCACAGAGAUGGCGGAGUCUGUGGCAGGUCUAGAGGACACGGCUUCUCGUUCUAGACUGCUGCUACGAGGAGACUCCUCAGACCUCCAGCAGGGAGAGACUCUACUCAAAGGAGCCAUCACUGAAGUUGAAAACCUGCAGAACUUGUUGCAGUCUGGAGUGAGGGAGGAGGCUCAGUCCACUCGGGCAGAGGAGGGAAGCGGUUCUGGGGUUCUGCCCAGGAGAGCAGGAACCUUUGGAGGCUAUGACAGCAGCCCGGCCAUCCUCAGUAAGAACGGCAGCGUAAAGAAGAGCUUCUCUGGUGAGUCUAGAAAUCGAGACAGGAGCCAGAGAGCCAGCUCAGACCCUCAGCUCAAAGACCUCUGUGGAAGCCACACCCUGGAGCAGACGGUUGAUCAGAGUUGCUCCUCUCCUCCAAAAUGGAACCGCAUCUGGUCCAACUCCUUCCCUGAAGCUGAGUUCUUUGACAGAGUGCUGAUGCUCUCCCAGAGACUUUACAGCUUGCAGGCCAUCGUAUCCCAGCAGGACAGCCAGAUAGAGCUGCAGAGGGCCUCACUUACAGAGCGGGUGUCGUUACCUGGACGCCACAGAGGAAACGUGCUCCUAGAACAGGAGAAACAGCGAACUUUAGCUCUGCAGAGAGAGGAGCUGGCCAACCUGAACAAGCUUCAGUCUCAGCACAGGCAGGAGCAGCAGCGCUGGGAGAAGGAAAGGGAGAGGCACCGCCAGCAAGUGGAGGUGACCGAGGCCCGGCUACGGCAAAGAGAGGAGGAGUGCAGGAAACUUGAGGAGCAACUGGCUAAGGAGAAGGAGGAACUGGACCGGCAGAGAGAGACUUAUCAGAAGGACCUGGAGAGACUGCGGGAGUCCACCAGAGCUGUGGAGAAAGAAAGGGAGCGACUGGAAAACGUGAAAAAGAUGAAAAGGAAAACAAUCGAGGUUGCUCCUAUGUCUGGUAGUCUGAACGGGGAGCUCCUCUCAUCCUCUGGUCUCGCCGGCUCCACCUGUAUCUCCGAGUUGCCGCACUCCCAGAAGCCCAUAGUGCGGGCCAGUCUCUCUGUGGCUCAGGCUGACUACCCCGAGCGUCCAGAAGUCGCAGUGAGACGGGAGACUGGCUCCUCUACGCUUCCUCUACCCUUGAAAACUGAGGUGCCGCUCCACCUCUUCAGCACCACCAACCAGCAGCACAAACCGGUCGGGGUGCAGCAGCAGAUCCCCACCAAACUGGCAGCAAUCAACAGCGGUAAAGGGAAAGGAAGCAAAAGUGGGAAGGCGUCGCAUCGCACAGACAGCUCCACCUCGGUGGACAUGAAGCAGAUGCUCCCCCUGAAACUGUCUGCAAGAGAGGACAAUGUGCUGAAGGCCAAACGCUCCAUCAGCCCCCAUCAGCAGCCAGUUCAGUCCCACUCCAUGCAUCACCACUCAGAUCAGCUCAGUCCUCCAGACCAGGCUGGGUUAGACAGCCAGCCCACCUCCUCCAUCAGCUCCUCCUUCCCACCUAAUGUGCAGAAGCCGCCGGUGGCUGGUGUGCAGCCCUAUGCACCCUCCUCUGCACACCUUCUCCACUCUCAGAGUGCUGACCCUAUCCUGUCGCCCCCCCACCUGCAGCCACGCAGCCUCAGCCCAAGCGCGCCGCUCCCACUGAACCUCCAUGGAACUGGUCACAGCGCAACGCCACCCUACACCAUCCCUGCAGAAGAGCUAAACAAGGAGGAUGUCAUAUUUUUCUAAAGAAGCCGCCCAGUCAGAAACAUGGGCCAUUUAAAGGAGAACCUUAGUUUUUCUAUCAGUACACACACCGCUUUAUACAGAGAAUUGUCCAACUUUUUAUUCAGUUACCGAUUUUUAACCUUACUACUUCACACUUUUAUCCAAACUGCCUGUAAAGUUUAUUUAAUUUUUAGUGAUACUUGCUUAAAACAUUGGAUGCCAACACAUCAUCAAAGGAGUCCAGCGCUGAGUUCUUAUUUUUAUCAUUUUUAUUCAUCCCAAAGGCACAAACAGGAUCUGACUGAAAGGAGCACUAUGAAGGAGCAUGUUUUUUUUUGUUUUUUUUGUCUUUUCCCAACUAGGAGUAAAAAUCAAUGAAGGAGAAGCGGUAAAAUCAGAACUCCAUAAUGAAGUCAUCCAGCUCUGCUUGAAGUUUCAUUUGCACAAAAAAAAAAAAAAAAAACCCUUCCAAAAAAAAUGUAAGGAUAAUUUAAUGGGAAAAACUUUGUAAAAAGUUAAUUGUACAGCUUUGAAGAUAGUAAUGCUCCAUUGCAAUUUUUGAUGCUUGUCUUAAUUGUGCUUAAAAAAAAAGUGUUGAAUUGUUGAUUUUCAUCAACAUUGUGGCUAUUUUUCAAAUCUCACUGUAAUAUUAAACCGUGUCAGCUAAGGGAGGGUUUAUUCUUUAAGCAACGUUUGUAAAUACGUGAAACAACUUGAGGAAGGCCUUACUGAAGCGAAAUGCUGUUCCUGGUUUUAAUGAUAAAUAAUCAGCUAAUCCUCUUCUGCUUUGGUCGAAAUGCCUUCUAUAAUUGUUCUUUUUACAUACGGCAAAUUUUCAAAAUACGGUUGGUUUGCUUUGCAGGUUAGGUAAAAGGCCUCACCAAGAAUUAAAAAAGAAAAACUCUUCUUGUCUUUGUGUUGCCAGUUAUAUCGGACCUCUAGUCUGCUUUCCAGACUGAAUAUCUUUGUGCUGCUUUUCAUGCUGUGUCUGCUUCCUGGAUGGCUUUUCAAAAGGGAAAGGUUCAUCACAGACAGACAAUGACCAACCAAAUAAAUACACAAACAUCAAUCUUACAGUGAAAUGAAUAUGUCCGCAAGGCAGAGAUGCACUGAUUUAAGAUUUUGUGACCAGUUUCUAAAAGUUUGCACCAAAAAUAAUUUCUGUUUAAGAACUGAAAUAGAAGACAUUUAGGAACACUGGAAUGUGUGGCCUUAUUGCGACGCGUCUUUAAUUUAUUAUGAAGGAAGCUGAGGCAUGAACGCAGCAUUUCUGAGGGAUCAGUUGCUGUGAAACAAAAUUUUCCUGUUUCAGAAUAAAAAUAAAUGAUCAAGGAGGGUAACUGUAGAAAGUCUUGUUAGCAUUUACUCUCUUUAAUUCAGAUUUUUACAAAUGCUGCAGAUAAUAAUCCAGCGUUUCUUAAAAUGAUAAACAGAUGUACCUCCUUCAGUGCACUGAAUAUGUCCCCAAGUCCUGCUCUCUCUCACUUUUUUGCAGCUGGAACACAUUUUUCAACUUGUCUGAAGAAUGUUUCCUUUCAUUAGCUUUUUGCAUUUCUGCUCUCUCAGAUUAAGU